AUGGUGGUGUCUGCGAUUCUGUUGGGGGUGGUCAUUGCGAUUAUCGACGACAUUUCUUCCGAGCCGGACACACCGCAGCGGGAUGCACGCAUUGUGUAUGCGAUUCUGCUCAUUGUUUCACUGGUGUUCUUUGUACUGUUUGCGUGGGACGCGGUGCUGUUUGAGAACUCGAUCCAGCUUGUGACCUUCCUGCUCUUCUCAGUCCUCAUGUGCAUUUACGCAUUUGUGCAGCUUGUGGGCGACAUCUCGAACGGGCUGCUCAUUGCGCAGUUUACGGUCCUCUUCCUGGGUGUAGUGACUGUGUUCUUCCUGGGCUUCAAGGUGUACUCUGAGUUCGGGUGGUCGGUGUACAAGAAGGUGGGCGCGGACCCGCGGAUGCGGGCGCUGUACCGGACAUACCUCAUUCUGGUCACGUUGGUCAAGCUCGACUUUGCGCUCGCCAUCAUCCUCAUUGCCCAGAACACGGCGCUUGCUCUGGAGACUGACGAUCCCGAGUUUGCACUCAACAUCUGCGCGGUGCUCCUGGUCAUUGCGUACACCAUCAUUGUCGUGCUCGCCGUCCGCCAGGAGUCGAACCCGGCCAUGUACCUGUUCUUUAUCCUCUCACCACUGGAGCCGUCGUACAUCAUCUUCAAGAUUGUGCGCUUCUUGACGGUCAAGAACAAGGGCUACGACAAGCUGCCGCGGGGCCAGCUCGUCUCGUCUGGCGUGGUUGCCAUUCUUCUUCGCGUCAUCCUCUGUGGCGUUGCCUUCCAGUGCUGGCGUAACUUUGGCCGCGGCCUCACUCGUUAUGUUACGGGCUCUGGCGCGGCUCCCGACGACCGGCGCCAGUCUGUCGGCAAGGGCACCCAGCUCGAGCCCGCCAAGCGGCGCUCCACCUACGAUGUCAACUCGCUCGGCUCGUGUCGUGCUGGCUGCGGGUGCUGGAAGUGUGUGCUGAAUGCCUCGCUGUCCAAGACCGAGCGCCCGUCGCCGCUGACCAGCUCGGCCCGAGUCGGCGCCGGUGAUGGGUCCCGGGCUGAUUCACUGGCGCUCUCGCUCUCGGCACUCUCGUCGUCGCUCUCGUCGUCGGCAGUUGGUCGUGGUGGAGAUGGCGACGGCGGCGGCGGGCAGUCGCUGGCAGCGACGUCGGGCGUCCAUGACCAGAUCGCCCGCCUCCACGCGCUCAUCAUGGCAGAGUCCGAGGCUCGUCUCCGGUCCGAGCGUGCACUUGAAGCUGCGCUAGAUGCCCAGGCGAACGCACUGGCUCGCCUCGGCGACCGAGUCUCUGUCCUCGACUCGCGGAUGAACACGGCGUCGGCAGCGAUGGGCGAGGUGGAGCGGGCGGUGGCGAUGGCGCGGGGCGAGCGCGAGCGGGCGGCGACAGGCAGUCAGAGCGGCGAGAGGGCGACACCGCAGGCCAGACUGGGCGAGUCGAUGCAGGUGGCCGGUCGGCUGGCAGCAGUCGAGGAGAUGCUGGCGGCGACAACCGCGCGGAUGGAGGCGCGCAUCGCCACCAUUCGCGAGUCGUCGAGCGAGUCGUCGUCCGAGGUGGCGCGGCUCUCAGCAACAGUGUCAUCGCUCUCGGCCAUGGUCUCGGCCGAGCUCCUUGCUGCGGCGCACUCGGCCGACAAGUUGUCAGCGUCGCUGGAUGCGCGUCUAGCAACCCACACCGCACACAUGACUGGCCUGGCGGCGGCAGCGUCGACCGCCGCGCCGUCGUCCGCCAUCAACGACGUGGCAGACAGCAUACAGGCGCUCGAGGCGCGGUGUGAGGAACUGGAGCAAAGAGCAGUGUCGGCGACAACCGCUACAGCGACACUACAGGAUGCGCUGAUGGUGGCUGACGACGAUCGCGCCCAGCUCGUCGAGCGGGUCCAGUGCCUGGAGUCAGCAGCCGAAGAGGCGCGCCAGAAGCCUGCACCUGUGCCGAUGGAAGCAACCGGUCUCAUCAGCAGCGAUGGCUCGCUUGGUGCCUCACCCGAACUCCGCCUCGACACGCUCGAGACCGAGGUCGGCGCCAUCGCCGACAACGUGCGUGAAGCGCUGGCUGUCGCUGACGAGGCUGCGCACGUCGCACGCGACGCCGGCGCUUCGACCGCUACUGUCGAGUCGACGAUCCGUGAAGUUGCCGACGACGUCCGCUCUCUGCAAAUCGAGGUCCAGACACUGUCGGCGCGGCUCACGGUCGCCGAGAAGACGCUGAGGGCCCAGCCUAGCAGCGGAUAUGCUCGCGGAAAUCUGGAUCCGCAUCCGCCAGCACGGCCGCUUCCGACUCAGCCGCAGCCGUUCGAGUCUCUGUCGCUGGACCAGCGAGACGAUUGGGAGCAGGAGCUACAGUCUUCGCGGUCGCCGUCGCCGUCGCCGAUGGCAACGCCCACGACCUGGGGCAUGUCGCCGUCGCCGUCACCGUCGCCGCCGCCCGUCUCACUGGAUCCGGAUCCGCAGAUUGAGGCGGAGCCUCAGGGCACAGACACGCCAAGUGUUCGCAAGCGGAUCCGAGUUCGCACUCGGCCGGGAGCGCGUUCAGGCCGCCAGCCGGCAACGACACCGGCGCGAGUCUCAUCGGGCCGGCUGCCACACGAGCUCUCCGGGCUCGACGAGCUGUUGUCUGAUGACCUCGACCUCGAAGAGCAUAUCCUCUCACCGGGCGAGAGCAACAUGGCUGGCAGCACGAUUGAGGCCUUCGAUGAUGACGAUGGCUCCGAGUCGUCGUUUGAUCCGGCAGCCAUUCUCCAAGCUGGGGCGGACCAGCUCCUGUAG